AUGGGCAAGCUGAUCAACAAGAAGGCCAUCAUGGUGGGCAACUGUGAUGGCUUCGUCGGCAACCGGAUGAUUGCGCCGUAUGCUGGGGAGGCGAAGAUGGUCCUGGAGGAAGGUGCGAGCAUCGAGCAGGUCGAUGCCGCAGCGCAGAAGUUCGGCAUGGCCAUGGGUCCGAUGGCGUUGGGCGACUUGGUGGGCCAGGAGCUUUUCUGGAAGCAGCGGAAGGCGGCCGGUGAUAUGAAGAAGCAGACCAAGACCUACUAUGGUCCGUACGAGCUGACGGACUGGCUGUGCGAGCAGGGCCGCUUUGGCUUGAAGACCCCCGACCCGAAGAUCAAGGCAGGGCAGAUGGAAACAGGUUGUCGCCAGGCCAAUGGGCGCGGCGUCUUCAUCCACCGUGGUCGCAGCAAGGAG